GAAGAGACUCCUCGGCCUCCGUUUCUUCUCGGAAUAACAAUCUUAUGGUCGUAACAGGUCUAAAAGCAUUGACGUCACAGAUCGAUCCUUCAUAGCACAGCACGAUGCCGACUUCCGAACGACCGACAUCUAUCAACCUUGAUAAAGAUGGGACUCCCUCUUUUCCCUAUCCCCAGCAACAAGACCAACAGAAACAUGAUCGAUUUGUAAUCACGAGCAGUAACAUCAAAUGAUCAUGUCUAUCAAAUUUCUGGACGUCGCACCCGCACUGCCUGCAAGCAUAGCAUUGAUUUACGUUCUCUCCUUCACAAACGCUUGGGACCUUGUCCUACCUCGACGGGUCUUCCAAACGGUCAAUGCCACUACUGUCGACGGCCAGAUUCAACCAUCUGAUGAAGAAGCCAAUAGGCAGAACUCUGGAUCCCUAAAGAACCGAGUCGGCACGCUAGACGUUCCCUCAUAUCUACUGUAUAUGGGACAUUGGCAUCUCACCACCGGCAAGCUCUUCAGCGAUAAACAAUGCAGCUCCAACGAUGUCUGUAUUGGCCAAAUCGCGCUCGUCGCUGCCGAGCUCGGUGUCUACUAUUAUUGCACUGGGCACUGGCUUCAACGCCAGCUUAUCCUGUUGGCGGCAGCGUGGGUCUGUAUGAUUGUGCGGUCGCCUUGGCCGACUCAGCAUACGGUGUUCGAUGCAAUGUUGUCUUUGAUCAUCACGGCUACAGCUAUCAGAGCUAUACUACCACAGAGGCGCCCACGUGCAGAUCCCUACCCUGUGGAUCUUGCGAUCAGCAAGUCCAGCAGCACACCUUUGGCAAGCGAAUCCGGGAAGAAGUCACGGCAUUUACUGGUUCACUUCCACAUCUUCAGCGUUGCUCUGCUGUUGGUGAUUUUACUCGACGGACAUUCCAUUCUGGAGAAAUUACCGGGAUCUCCAGUCUUUCAGAACGUCUGUGUGUCUGUUGCCCUUCUCGGGCUUCGGCAACAGGUCGAAGAUUGGCGCGCAUCAUCUCAACGUGGUCAAAAUCUUACUCAACACGUACGAGCAUACCUCUGCCGCAGCUACACUACUUUACCCCAAUUCGUCCGCGAAGGUUUCCUACGCCCUCUGCUUGGUCUAGCGCCAUUGUUCAUCUUUGGUGCUUUGACCAGUUUUCUGACCUCGUGUUGUGGAUUCCGGUAUCUGAUACUUGGACUCCCACGCACGGGCCCUUCGUUUAGGGAUGGUGGGAUAUUAGGUGCAUUUAUAUAUAUGAUUGUCGCUUGUGCGAACUUGGUGCUGAGGAGACGGGAGAUCGGUGAGGACGAGUCUUUGCGUAUGAGGAGAUUCAACAUUGCUGUUCUGGCAGCUUUCGGACAGACUGUUACGGGGUUUGCAGGUGUUGCCGGAGUCUUGUGCGCCAUCCGCGUAUUGAAGGAUUGGGAUCUAUCAUGAAUUGUUUGGACACGACCAACUUCACAUGCACACAUGGCCUCGGUCUCAGAGUCUGCGGAAACGCAAAAGGGAAAAGGUCGUGUCGCCACCUGGGAAAGAAUGCAUGAUUUGGUCUGUGAUGUAAGUCUAAGAUCAUCCUCAACAUAGGAGAACUCAAUGGCAUCAGAAGUUGCU